CAAUUUUAUAGACCUCCUAUCGCAUAGUACUGUAAGAAGAGGAUCAGAUUUUGGAUCCCGUGUGGCAGGCGACGGGAUCACCGGAGAGUGGUCAUUAAUCAAAGUGUCACGAUUUUACCCAUGUUGAUACUCCUCUUUGAUACUGAUUAUGUGAAUUGGUUCCUUGUGACGUCGUGAGAAGAUACGGUAUUUGUGUGCUUUUGUGUGAGUCGAAGUCUGUACUCUUGUGCAAAGGGAUUUAUGGGAUUGUGCAAGGAUUUGUCUGACAGUCAUCUCUUUUUUGAAGUGCAGUUGCUAAAACUCAUGUUGUUUCGCACCAAGUUUCGAAGUUUUUCGUUUGCUCGUUGAACGAAGCGACGUGGAAAUGGGAUCAUUUUCGGAUCUACCUCCUUUGGAAACCCGCCUAGCGAUCGGUGGUCCUAAUGGAGGAUUUGUGGAGAAAAUCGAUUAUCGAGAAAUCGAGAUGACUAGAACCAUUGGACAAGGAUCAUUCGGAGUUGUCAAUCACGGCAAGUGGAGAGGCAUGGACGUAGCGGUGAAAAUCAUUCAAGGUGAACAAGAACGCCGAGCCUUCGAAGCUGAACUUCUGCAAUUAUCUCGCGUAUCGCACCCGAAUAUCGUCCAACUCUUCGGUGCCGGAGCUGUUCCAAAUGGUCCUGUGCUUCUGCUUAUGGAAUACGCCGAAGGAGGAUCCUUGUACAACGUGCUUCAUUGCGAAACUCCGCAGGGAGUUCGCGCCGAAUAUGCAGCCGCACAUGCCAUCAGUUGGGCUCUUCAAACUGCCAAGGGUGUUGCUUAUUUGCACGGACUUAAGCCGAGACCGGUUGUUCAUCGGGACCUGAAACCCCCGAAUCUGUUGCUUAUCGACGGGGGUCGAGUUUUGAAAAUCUGUGAUUUCGGCACUGCGUGCGAGUGUCAGACGUAUAUGACAAAUGCGAAGGGCUCUGCUGCAUGGAUGGCCCCUGAAGUGUUCGAAGGUUCGGAUUAUACCGAGAAAUGUGAUAUUUUCAGCUGGGGCAUCAUUCUGUGGGAAGUUCUGACCAGGAAUAAACCCUUCGAUGAGAUUGGCGAAUCUGCAUACAGGAUUAUGUGGGCGGUGCAUGAAGGACAAAGACCACCACUGAUAGCUGGAUGCCCGAAGAGAAUAGAAGACUUGAUGGUGUCUUGCUGGAAUCAGAAUCCAACGACACGUCCCGCCAUGGACGAUGUUGUCACAGAAAUGACGGAGCUCCAGCAGUUUUUCCCUGGUCACGACAUACCUUUGCAGUAUUCCGGAAAUCCCUCCAUGUUUGAUUCCCCGUACGCGACUGGUUGUUCGGAGUCGCUUACGAGUGCAGAUCAUUCUUCAGGCAGAUUCUCCAUCCUUGCCAGCAGUUCUGAGGAAUUGUCGAGAGAGCAUGCGAAGUUCCUUACGUUACUUACGGUCGAUAAUCAAGAAGAUCGGGGUGAUUCAAGCACUACUGGGCAAAUGAGAGCCUUGAGAAUUGACGUUGGUGUUUCAGAAAUAGCAAGCUUGCCUAGCAACGCGUUGAUCACGAAGUCCCCGGGAGGUGACGUGGACUUGAAUGCUCCGAUUCCCACGCUUGCAUUGGAUGUUCCAUCGCAUUCUCUACAGAAUAAACGGCAUUCUGCGGAUUUCAGUCAAAUUUUUCUUCCUGCGCCAGGACCGGCUCCUGCUGUACCUCCGAGGCCUGUUGUUAAUAGUGAUGGACGAGCUCUAGGACAUCGGAGAUCCUCAUCCUACGGUAGUUCAAUAACCACGGACAACUGGCCCUUCUUUGUGCGUCCCGUUCCAAUGCAGCCGAUCACCCCUGCUGCUUACGACUUAACACCUCAUCUGGACUACACCAAUUUUAUAGACGAAGCCUAUCACAUGUUACCGCCUGACUUGUCCGCCAUCCCACCUGAUGAAUCGGUUUCAGACUCUGUUGCCAUCUUUGAAGACCACAAACGCCUCGCUGCUGAUUACAUGAAGGUGCAAACAGAGAUCAGUUUGUUACAGGUGUCGUUAACGGAACUCAGACGAGAAUUGAAGGAAGAAGAAUCGCAUGCGACUGUGCUUGACUCUCAGGGCCAAGCAUCGCUGAUGAAGGAGUACCAAAAGUUACUGGAUGAAAAAGAGAGCUGCGAAGCGUUGUACAAGUGUUUGGAGAAGCAGUUGGAUGCGGCGAAAAGUGGGAAAUUUCUUUCGCGAGUGGAAGUUUCCGCAUCGAACGGAAAAGUUCUUCUGUCUAAUUCGUUGCUCUUCGGAAGCGUGCAGGAUGUUUCUGAUUUCUCAGUUGUUACUCCUGCGCUGGACUUAGAUCGAAAGAUGAAGUCACAACGCAGUCGUCAACCCACGAGUUCUACCGUUUCUAUUGCGUCAGUCAGAAACGUGGGUCUUUUUUGGGAUUUGUCUUCCUGUUCUUUUCCUCCCAACACUUCCGAAGCUGAUGCCCGAGCGAGUUGUGUCAUGUUGAAGAACGAAUUUGUGGCUGGAAGGCAUUUCAAGCUUUCCUACUUUGGUGUCGCUGUCGAUGAAGCAAGAGUCUCUGAAGCUCGGCUGUCUGAAGCGGUCACUACGGAAGACGUCAACGAGCUGAUGGUUUGCCCAAAAUCGGAAAUCGCGGACAAAAUCUCCGCGGCUGUGAUCACCUGGUUAUCCAAACUCGGAAUUUCAGACGACAACCCCGCCGUACCGGAUAUAAAUGAACCCGUCAUUGUUCUGCUCAGCAGCAAGGAACGUUUCAGAGCCCUUCUCAACCGGAUCCGCUUCCGGCUCAAGGUGGAAGUCGUCAUCGUUCAUUCGGGUGCCAAGAUCACACCUGACCUUUCGCUGUUGGCCAGUCGAACUGUGCCAUUCUCCAAGUUCCUUCCAAGUAAAUCUGUCAAUCCAGUAUCUGCACCUGUCAAAACGGCGAAAGUUGCUGACAAAUUUACCAUGAGACUCUCCAUCACGAAGGGGAAAUGCGGAAUGCUCCCCUUUGCGGAAACUAUUACCCAAACGGUGAAGAAGUUUAACGGGAAUCUUGUUCAGAUGAACGAGGAAUAUGCUCUGGUUACGGUUCCUGGUCCGAAUGUUGACAAGGCUGUGUGUGAAUUGAGUCAACAAUUCCUUUUCGGUGGUUGCAAAAUGAGAGUUGAAGUCGUUGACGAGGGUUGUGUUAUUACCGCGACUUCGAAGGUCAACGGAAAAAACGUGGCUCCCGUUGUUCAACCCAAGGUGAAGGCUAAUGUUGUGAAGAACGUGCCGUCUGAUCCCAAAACGGGCAAAGUUUCGCACCCCGGAAAGGAACAGAACGGCAAAAAUCCUGGAGUAUCCAAAAAAGGUAAUGCUCCUGACCCGGGAAAAGGUCAAAUCGCGAAAGGAAAACCUCACGUGAAUCUUGGAGCUGUACAAAGACCGCCUUUGUUGCCUAAUCCAGUCCUUCAGCCUGUUUUUGGACAAUCUGCUAAAAAUGUGCCUGCAAUUGGCAUUCGUCAGAAUGGUCCAAACGUUCAUCCUGCUAAAGGAAAAGCUUCCUGUGGGAAUCCCGGGAACAAAACUGUGCCAGUAGCACACUUGAUGCCUUCUCCACCCUUGAUGCCUACUCCACCCUUGAUGCCUACUCCGGGUGGGGAACCAGUUUUUGGUCAAUGUGUUCCAAAUGUGCCUUUGAAGGCUGUGUCGCUGAGUGGAAGCAACUCUGGAGGAAAAUCAAGUGAAAAGCAAGGCAGUGCUUCCAAACAGAAGAUUAAUUCUCAGAAAGGUACAGAUAAAAAUUCCAACAAUCCGUCCAAUUCAACCACCGAAGUUGAAAAAGCGCCCGUGAAACGUCCUGCGGAGAAGGAGCGCAAUCCUUCGAUUAAGCCGAGUUUGAACCCGCAUGAGUUGAUCCGGUUAAGUUUACUGCCUGAAGGCUUUUGCAUCGCUAUGAGACGCGCGCAGAAGGAAUAUUCCGUUGUUUUGGAAUAUUUCGAACGUUUGCCAGGGAACUGUGUGGAGUACAGACUCCCGGAAGGCGAGCUAGAGGACUUCCAAAUUCUAAAUGAAUUUGGUCCAGUUCUCUGUGCCGUGAAAAGCGAAAAUGGUGGAACUUUAUCCGUGGAAUUCGGAACCCCCGGGGGUGUGGAAAAGUUGAAGAAAUUCGGCGGAAGAGAGAUUUUGACUUCCUCGAAAAGCGUGACGAAGAAAAAGCAUUCUUGGCGAGGGGUUGGUUCAGUGCGGCUUCUGUGGCCUUUGGAUACCCCCGACGGAAGUGCUGUAGUGGAAUUUCCGGAUGGACAAUCAGCGAAAUACGCCUUUGACAAAGUUUCCGGGGGAGGGUUCUGCAUUCCCGUGUGGGUUUCUGAGAUGCACGAGAAUAGUUUUCCUGCGAAGGUGGUGCAGAUGGUUGACGACGUGGCGAAGCUUGAAGUCGUUGGGUUUCCUCCACUCGUGCAUGCCGCGGCUAUUCGUGCUGCUUUUCAAUCCAAUGACGUUGACAUGAAGGACGUCAAAAUUAAGCUCGGAUCUGGGGAAAAUAACUCCGCUGACACAUUCGUGAAAGUGAAGAAGGAGUUGUUCUCUUAUAUCGGGAAGCUGGCAUUGAACAAAUAUUCCAUUUACUUCGAUAAACCUGCUGAAUCGGAGGGAAAUGGACGCGGAACUAUCUUGAUGGCGGAGCCCCUUGAAGUCAUGCUAUGUGUGGAGCAUAUGAUGGCAGACCUCCGGAUUCCCGGAGUAUUUGUCAAUUGUGACUUCACUGUCGAAAUCCCCAUUUUGGGAAAACUUCUUCGGGACAAGAAAGCUAUUGAAAUAUUGUACGCGAAUGUUGCCGAGAAGGGAGAAGGUGAUGUUUCUUGGCUUGCGAAUGACAACUCUGGGUAUUCCGAGUUCGGCAGCCUCCGUAUCGGUAGCAAUUUUUUGGGCAAACUCAACAGAGUGGUUAAGGCUGUUGGUUCCGCAUUUUCCGGGGUUGUUGUGAAUAUCCCGGAAAAUGUUCAUCAGUGGUUGAGGAACACAGAGGCCGGGAAACAAUUGAUGGAGCAACACAUGAUUUGCUUCCAGUUGGGAAAGCCGACUGUUCCGAAGUUUUUGGAGAAAUCCGGUGCUUGGUGAGUU